AGUUUUUUCCGAUAUUAAAGGUUAUGGCUGUAUGUUCUGCAUAUGAACCAUUAAAAACACAUUAACCGUAUUGUAUGAACUGUAUUGUCAUACAUCAGUAAUCUAUUCGUACUGAAGCAAGGCAAGUGAUAUGUUUUACGAUUUGGUUGAGUAUAAGGGUAGAAUUAGAAAUGUAGUUAAUAUGGAUAACUAAUAUUAGUAAUGCUUCCCCUGAAAAGGUGGGAAAAUAUGAUUUGUCAAAUGUAUUAAACCAUAUGACAUGUGAAGUAUGCAAACUAGUUGUUUAUCUUACUUUCUUUAAAGUCAAACCCACUUUUGCGUGUUGCUGCAUGAGUAAUUCAGUGUGUGUCGUUCCACAGUUACAUUGUAAUAUAUUCAAUACAACUGUCAUAACCUAAUUCUCAGUAUGAGCAUGCUUAUAAAGAGGGUCUGUUUCAUAUAGGGGCCAACAUUUUGUAAACUGAAAGAGAAAUGUUGUGUUGAUUUAACAUCUUGAAAACAUCAUUACCUGCCCCUUCUUGUAAUCAUGUGCAGUAGGGUAGGGUUCAUUGUAGGAACUGAGUAUAAAACUAGAAUCUGAUGCCCCUAGCAUAUAUAUUUUCCCCUUCAAAUAUAGCUUUUUACUUGUAAUUAUAAACAUGUGAACAUGUAAAAUUAUUGAACAUGUGUGUCAACUAUUCAACUUGAUUGUGUCACACAACCAAGACAAAUUCCUUUUAUGUGAAAACCUACAGAAACCCAUUUAUGAUUAAUUGAACGAAUGUUUCAUGUAUUUGUUGGAUAAUGUGAGGGUACAAAGCUCAGUUCCUGACUAAGAUGCCAAAGAUGAUCAGCAAUCAGGUAAGUUAUUACCUGAAAAAUUAACAAAUAUAAAUAAAAAUGUAAAGGGUGUGGUGACAUCAAUAAAUGUAUGAUUCCACCACCUAUAUAUUAUGCACGACAUCUAUGAGUAUUUGAACUGAUAUUGUAAUAUUGUAACUUGCAUUUUAUGCAUAAUAUAAUAAUGAGAGCGCUACAGGUGAUCAGCACUUACAUGCUGAAUUAAAAAGUGAAAUAAGUAGAGUUAUUUAACUGUCUUAAAUUAUAAUCUACGCGGCUAUAAAUACGACAGUCAGACAUGCAAAUUAUGAUUGACUUUUUAACUACGUUUAUUUUCAACACUCACCGUUUGUAACGAGCGUCGUGUAGUAACAGUUUUAGACCUAAUAUUUUGGGCUAAUAUUUUGACUUGUUUUCAACAGUUUUCGGCCGCCAUUGCCAAAAGCGGAUGUCUUAUUUAGGAUUGUUGAGGCUGGCGUAACGCUGCUCUCAGUCAAUCAAAGAACGGAAGUCAGAAGUUAGUUUCAGGAGACUACUGUAGACUAAGUAGACUAGUAGCCUAUAGGGCACAGGAGGUAGAAAGAAAACAGAUGCGGAUGCACCACUGUUGGCAGCUAUUGUGUAUUCACCUGUUGAUCUUUGCACAUGACCUUUGCUCUGGCUACGCAUUAUAUACUAGCUUGUUGUUAAUAAACAGGAUACAGAGUACGUAAAACAUACUUUGGCGUUUAUAUUUAGCCUGGCAGGGCUAACAGAAGAUAUACGAGUCGUCGCAGCGAGGACUGUGCAAGCGUAUGAGUUAGGGGCUAGUGUCAGUUUCCAACUAGCGUGCUAAAUUUAGUCCGCUUGUGCUGAGCAAGUUCACAUGAACACAAACGCGUGAUUACCAACAGAUCAGUGAGAGACCAACGAGUCAUUUGGGGGUAAAAUACUCCCGUGCUCCACCUGUGCUCUGCUCCUCUUUGUGUUUACUUUUUGUCAUGACUGCUCUGCCCAUGGAGUGUGUGUGCUGGGUCCCUCUCUUAAUGAACUGAAGAGGCCGGGCAUAUUAUUUAUUUAUUUACUGAACCUUCUAUACACAAUGAUAUGCAUCCAUAUUAUACGGCUCUUCAGAAUGUUCCAAAAAGUUCUGUUGAUUUAAAUGGGCCACCCCAACGUACGCAGGUCCGUAAUUUCUUGAUAUUCACCGCUGCGAAAAGAUAUUCACCGCUGUCAUUGGCAACUGGUUGAAGCAGUGAAGCCAUGGACCCAUCAGAUGAGGCAUCGGGGGGCCAGGGCCUGAACAGUUCAGACCUUCUGGUCAGGGAAGCCUACCUGAUGGCUUACGACUACCUCGAUUACGUGCUGUCGCCGCCCGGCGCAUACCUCCCUCCCGCUCCCUGUCCUGCGGCAUCAGCGCUCCGGCACGCCGGUGACGAGCUCCUCAUCCGCUUCCCCAUCUUCUUUCGCCGCUGGCCGCGUGUCUUCCAGGAUGUGACGGAGCGCACGGCCUGCCCCAUGCUCACGGCCAUCUUGGACGAGCACUUUGGCCCCACCGUCCCCAGGAGCCGUCGCAGAGAUAUGGCCUGGAGUGCUGUGCUGUCAGUGUAUGUGCUGGCCGGACAGAUGGCCCUGCACUGCCAUGAUAAAGGCAUGGGCGGGGUGGUGCCCCAGCUGAAGGAGUGUGUGGGAGCGUAUGUGGAGAAGGUGAUAUGUCCUGAGCUCAGGGAACAUGGGGGAUGGUCUGGCUUUAUAUCUCGCUUUGGGGUGAAACAGAACCUGGAGGGUCAGGUGAAAAGAGUAUGCUACUGGACCUUACUCCUGUUAACCACAGGCAUCCUUACCUAUUUCCUGUGGAAAAGAAGAAUGUGUUGAACUCUUCUCACCCCAUCCACUGGAUUACAAAAAGAGAGACUAUUAUUACAUGCAAGAUGAAAUGCUAAUAUCAUACUUUGUGUACAAUUGUUCUUAAAAAGUUAAAAGUCAGUUUAGGCCUAAGCUCCAUUUUAUGUGGUUCUCCGGGACAUAAACAUUACAUGAUGUUAAUCUAGUAAAGCGUAUCCCACCCAGGGCUGUGAACAGACAUUUUGGGGGGCAGGUGCUCAAUCUAAAAAAGUGCACUCCUCUCACUGACAAUUAUUUAUAUAAAAAAAAAUACAAAUAAAGUUACCUGCAGGAGCACAUUAUUAAUUUCUGUAUGUAUUCGAUUGCCUGUUUGUUUCAUGUUGUGAGUAGGUCUAUGAACUAUAGCCUAGCACGCCUUUAUUAACCCAUAACCUAUCAAUAAUAAUAAUAAUAAUAAUAAAACUUUAUUUAUAUAGCA